UGGACGAUAGAUUCAGCCGGAUCUUGCUUAUAACGUCGUAUAUGGCCUACACUUUAACAAUCGUAUCGAGUACCACACAAACAUUUUAUAUGGUUAACAAUGACGGGAGUUGCUCAAAUUCAUCUUUAAAUGCGAUUCCUAGUGGUAAAAUUGUAUCACAAAACGAUUCUACUUACCCGAACGGAACAGAUUGCGAAGUGAUAUGGACUUCAGCACCAGGUUCCAAGGCCCUUGUCAUCGUGACCCUUGACCUGGCUGAUAAGGUUAAUGGUACAUGUGUUGACUUUUUGGAAAUUAACGGCACGUUACCGAUGUCCAACUCAAACCAGACACUCUGUGGAAACGGAUAUGGAACAAACCAGGUGUUCGAGUAUGACGACACCCCUAUCACGUUUUCCUUCGUAACACAGGCUAGUCGUACGUACAGCGGACGAGGGUUUACGGCAGUCGUGACGGCAUUUACGGAGAAAUCUGGCGCCAACUGCUCCGGGACCGACUUCCUCUGUGACAACAACAGGUGUAUAAGUACUUCGCUCGAGUGUGAUGGAGAACAAAACUGUGUAGACAACACAGACGAAGCUUCCUGUUCAAGUACAACCGGUGCAGCAACAACAACAACUCCGUCUGCCUCGACCUCAGCUGGCGCAACGACCUCCUCUGCUGCAAACGUCACAUCUUCCAACCAGUCAACAACGCAGUCACCUUUAAGCUCCUCCCCCAGUGCAACUACCCAAUUAUUGUUAACUACGACCACACAGACAUCCGAAGAAAAGUCCACCUUUCCUGGUCUCGGAGAGAAGGCUGUCCUCGUGAUCAUCAUUCUGUCGUCUGCUGUGAUCGUUACCAUUAUUAUAACUGCAAUUGUCUAUAAGGUUUGGUGCACGCAGAACGUAGUUCAUCCUGUGCUUGAGAUAGAAGAGGCUCCAACAACAUCUUUUCAACCAGCUGCUAAACCAGGUCCCAAACCGCCUCCAAGUCGGCCCCUAAACCAGCCCCUGAACCUGCUCCUAAAACAGCCCCCGAACCGGGUCCUAAAUCA